AAUAAACUUCCGCUUUAUGUCAAAUUUGAAGGUAGUCGUUGAAAAUCGGUAUACAUAAAUUUAAUCACUUUUGGCAAUUCCGAUUAAGCGAAAGUGUCUUCCACUAUUUUUCACAAAAGUGUUCGGAAAUUAGAAGCUAAUGAACAUGCCUGAGCCUAGAAAUGAUCAGAAUGAUGAAGAUUACGAAAUCCUUGAUGUAACCGAUAAUCAGGCUGUUAAUAGUGUAGUUAAUAAAGUUUGGAAAGAACUAGCAACAGCAUCUCCCUCAAAGCAAAUGGCAAUUGGAGGUGCUUCUGGAUGUGUCAGCGGACUUGCCAUGGCUAAAGUAUCCAGAGCAGUAUUAGCAUUAGUCGGAGGUAGCUUGAUAGUUAUCCAUUUCGCUAAUCAACAAGGAUAUAUAAAUAUUGAUUGGAAAAAAAUAGAAAAGUCGAUGAGAAAACUUCGUCAAGAUGUUGAUAAACGAGAAGCUGUUCAGCCAGUGAUGGCAAAAUUGAUGAGUAUCCUUCGCCGGAACGUUGCUUUUACUGGUUCAUUCAUCGGUGGCUUCUUAAUUGGCUUGUCAUUUUAA